CCUAACUAAUUUUCAGAAGAUUUAUUAAAGUACUGUUUUCACAAAUAAUCACCGCCAUAUAAGUCUAGGUGAAACUUGAUGGAUAAAUAUAUGCGAGUCAUAUCCCCGUCCGCAACCCCCACCCCGGCGCUGUUGACUGGGUCAACGCUGUCAACGUGGAUCUCUUUCUAUUCUUAGUCCAUCCUCCGUUCACCACCCCUUCCGUCCCUCCUCCCAUCAACAUAGAACAGAACAACAAAGAAAACGAGAAGGAAAGGAAAGAUAAAACCAGCGGCUCCUAAUCUCCACUCCCACCCAUGGCCGCUGCCCUUUCCCUCCUCCCCUUCCUCCUUCUCUUCCUCGUCCCACUGGCAUCCUCCGACUCUCCACCGGCGGUGGUCACAUAUUCCGAGGUCAAUGCCCUCCUCCUCCUCAAGCAAUCCUUCACCAACGCCACCGCCCUCUCCUCCUGGGACUCCGGCAAUUCCUCCCACCCCUGCAAGUCCGACCCCGGGUGGGCCGGUGUCAUCUGCUCCCCCGAAGGCACCAUCACCAACCUCAACCUUGCUCGCAUGGGCCUCUCGGGCCGCGUCAACGCCGACGCCCUCUUAAGCUUGAAAGACCUCCGCUCUCUAAGUUUCGAUGAAAACUCCUUGUCCGGCACCCUCCCUCCUCUCCGUCAGCUCCCCGCCUUGAGAGCCGCCUUCCUCUCCCGCAACCAAUUCUCCGGCUCCCUCCCUGACGACUUCUUUAAAGACAUGACUCGCCUGAAGCGGCUUUGGCUCCAUGGCAAUGCCCUCGCCGGUCCCAUCCCUACCUCCCUUUCACAGGCCACCAACCUCCAGGAGCUGCGCCUCGAGAACAACCGCUUCACCGGCUCGCUUCCGGCGCUCGCCUUGCCGUCUCUCUCCUCCUUCAACGUCUCGAACAACGACCUCGAGGGGGAGAUCCCGACGACCUUCUCCAAGUUCAAUUCCAGCUCGUUUGAAGGCAAUUCGAGAUUGUGCGGCGAGAACAAGCCAUGCGCUGCGCCGCCGGCGACGUUGGCAUCAAGAAGCUCGGCUGGGAAGGUGGCGGCGGCGUGCAUUGCGCUGAUCCUCGUUGCAUAUGCGGUGGUGAUCGGCACGUCGGCGUUGAAGAAGAACCCGGUGGGAGACUCGGACACCCUCGGGAUCGAGCACAGCAAGGUCGAGGCAGGGGACGGCGGCGGCGGCUCGCCUCGGAAGGACUACGCGAGGGUGAUGAGCCAUCAACGGCGAGAGCCGGCGCACAAACGGAGCGAGUCGGGCGGUGGACACAGGAGGACGGGGUCGUCGGCCAAUCCGGGCGUCAACGGAGGGGAUGCGGGAGGGGGAGGCGGGGCGGGGGACCUCGUGGUGGUGAACGACGGGAGGGGGGUGUUCGGGCUGUCGGAUUUGAUGAAGGCGGCGGCAGAGGUGCUCGGAAGCGGCGGCUUAGGGUCAUGUUACAAGGCGGUGAUGGGGAACGGGGUGGCGGUGGUGGUGAAGCGGGUGCGUGACAUGAACCGGGUGGGGAAGGAGACGUUCGACGUCGAGAUGCGGCAGCUGGGGAGGCUGCAGCACCCCAACGUGCUGCCGCCGCUGGCCUACCACUUCCGCAAGGAUGAGAAGCUUCUGGUCUCCGAGUUUGUUACCAAGGGGAGCUUGCUCUAUCUGCUCCAUGGUGAUCGCGGCGCCGACCACGCGGCUUUGGACUGGGGGACCAGGCUGGGGAUCGCCAAGGGGAUCGCCCGGGGCCUGGCUUACCUCCACGAGGAGCUCAAGUCUGUGGACAUCCCCCACGGCAACCUCAAGUCGGCGAACGUCCUCCUCACUGCCGACUUCAACCCUGUGCUCGUCGACUACGGCUUCGUCCCCCUCGUGAACCCCUCCACCGCCUCCGCCACCCUCUUCGCGUACAAGUCUCCGGAGUCCCUCCACCACCGCCACGUCUCCCCCAAGUCCGACGUCUACUGCCUCGGCGUCAUCCUCCUCGAGCUCCUCACCGGCAAGUUCCCCUCGCAGUACCUCACCAACGCCAAAGGGGGGACCGACGUCGUGCUCUGGGCCACGUCGGCGAUCUCCGAGGGCCGGGAGGCUGAGCUGUUGGACCCGGCCAUCGUGGCGGGGGCGAAGAAGUCGGUGCCGGAGAUGAAGCGGCUGCUCCGGGUCGGGGUGGAAUGCGUGGAACCGGAGCUGGACCGGCGGCCGGAGGUGGCGGAGGCGGCGGCGAAGAUCGAGGAGGUGGUGACCGCGCACGCCGCCGCGGAGUCGGAGAGGGCGCCACCGCCGUCGCACACGGCGUACGUGAGGGAUGGAGUCGGGGAGCGGUCGGCCCGCCGGGUCGGGGGCGUAGGGGAGAGGUCGGCGAGGCGGAACGACGACAGCGUCUCGUUCGCCAUCUCGUGACGACGCGAUUUGCCAGGGGACGUUUACCAUUAGGAGACGAUGGUUGGUGAAAUACCAAGG